AAAUUUUAGUAUUUUUAUUUGAUUCAUUUUUAACGGGUAUUGCAUAUUAAUAUUUGUUUUGGUUGUACAGGUACGAAAGUCUAAUUUUUUUAAUCGAAUAAAAAAUAAUGAAUCGAAUCAAAAUUUACAGAUAUUUUUCUCAUCGAAACAUCCCACACUCCAUCGAAUCCUACAUCUGUCACUGUGCGAUACAUGUAUUCCGCCGAUUUUGAUGCACUGUAACAGGUUAAAUAACAACAUUGCAUUAAAAUAUCAUAAAUUUUAUACCAAUUUUGAAAUAAUAUAAGGAUUUUAUUUUGUUACUUAGAUGGUAAAAAUAAAUUCGGAACUAAAAUUUAAUAAAAUAAAAAUAAAUUUAUUCAAAACCACUACAAAUCCAAACGGUUGCUAUUAUACAUUCAUCUUUAAAUACAAGACAGUCUUUCGCCUGUUAACACCAAAUCAUUUUCAGUCUUUUCCCAGAUCUGCAAAAAUGGUGAAAAAAAGUAAAAGUCGUCAAAAAAUAGAGAUGGUCAAAAUGAAAAAUGAAAAUAAUCUACAGGUUACUUUCUCAAAAAGAAGAAAUGGUCUUUUCAAAAAAGCCAGUGAGCUUUGCACGCUUUGUGGUGUUGAAAUUGUUGUUAUUGUAUUUUCGCCUGGCAAAAAAGUUUUUUCUUUUGGUCAUCCAAAUGUUGAUUGUGUAAUUGAUCGCUUCACAAACAUUAAUCCACCACAUCCUCGUCAAUACACCAAUACACAACUUAGCGACGCCCGUCGAAAUGCAAUUGUUCAAGAUCUCAACAGUCAUCUCACUCAAGUAACAGAAGAAUUCGAAAUUGAGAAAAAGAGGGCUGAAGACUUAAAGAAAAAGAGAAAAAAUAGUUAUAUAUCUGAUAAUUGGUGGAAAGAACCUAUAAAAGAGUUGAACUUAAGCCAGCUCACUGAAUUCAAAUGUGGCUUGGAAAAGUUGAGAAAAACAGUGACUACUGAAGCCUCCAAGAAUUUUCAAACAAUUGUUCCGCGUCAUAACUUCGAUGGUGGAAGUUCAAAUAAUGCUACUUUCGGGAUUUGUGAUGAUUAUGCAGGUAAUAUCGACACCAAUUUAGAUCUGUACAAUCAUCAAAGAAUGGUGGCAACAAACACAUUCGCUUGUAAUCAUCACAACAUGAUGGUUCCUUAUCAUAUUACAACACCAUUUGGGAAUAUUGGUAAUGGUAAUAUUAUUGAAGGGUUUGCUGCAGAAUACAAUCAAAACCCGAACCAUUUAUGUUUUAAGCAAGAACACAUUUCUGGGUGUGACCACCAUUCAGUUCAUCCUCCUCGUUUCGGACAUGGUUACUAUUAAAUUUUGUUCUUUUUGCCAUAAGCCCAAUGUUUUAUGUAUUGUUUUUGUUUUGUUGUUAUUUAUACAUUUGGGAUGGCGUUAGUUUGGAAAUUAUUACUGCCAAUGUUUUUUUUUUCAAAUUUGUUAAACACAAUUUUAGUUUGUUGCUGUUUUUUAUAUUUCAAAAAUUUUCCAAAUUUAUAAUACUUUUUUCAACUUCUGUUAUGAAAUAUAUGUCAUAUGUAUAUUCUUACACUUCUCUGAAAAAAUGUAUAAUUUCAAUACCUUUACACAUAAGAUAAAUAAUAUUUAUGGAUUUUAAGAGUUUUGAGCUUGGUCAGGCCGGACCGAUGCCUGGGCAUUUUAUCUGGACUCAAGAACCCGAACUGGAAUCGAUCCAAAAAUAUCCAACUCAAAAUCAUAUCGAAAAUUUACAAGUAUCU